UAAUUUUCAAUCGUCCUCCGAUCGAUCAUCGCUGAUCUAAUCGACCCGGCGGCGACGAUGGAUUUACAGCAAGAGCAGGCUUGCUGGAAACUUGAGCUCGAUGAGGUCACUAAAUUUGAUCCUUCCAAAAAGAAGAAGAAGAAGAAGAAUAAGAAGUGGAAGCCUUUAAUAUGCGAAGAUGGUACCUACGACAUCUUGUUCCAUAAAGGACGACACUUUGCCGAGGAUAACUCACUACACUGUCGAUCUGGAAGACGGCUACUUUUCGGCCACAACUUUGAGCCAGAUUAUGGCUAUGAAGAGCUCUUGACUAGGGUAUUUGAUAUGCUUCGUGAGGACGAUCUUGAGGUUUCUACAGAGAGGCCAAGAACAGCAAUGAUGCCUCCCCUGCUCCGUGCACAAGGGACACUGAUAACAGUUUGUUUAAACUUUGUUCAUCUCUGCAGAAUGAUGCAUAGGAAGCCAGGUCAUGUUAUGAAAUUCUUACUUGCCCAAAUGGAGACAAAGGGAUUGCUCAACAAACAGCAGCAGCUAGAGAUGAAGGGUUUAGUGUCUUCUUCGGAUUUCCAAGCUGUGUUCCGGCGAUACAGUGAUGCGUUCGUGAUCUGCAGCUGCUGCAAAAGUCCUGACACAGCUCUCGCGGAGGAGAAUGGUCUUCUCACUCUCAGAUGUGAGAUGUGUGGUUUAGUGGCAUCGAUCAAAGAACCGAAUCCCCUGUGAAUAUGGAGCUUCAAAAGCUGAGCAAAGUUCCAUUGUAAAAUUUAUUACUAUAGUGGUUUCUUCUGAUUAUGAUACAAUCUUGAACCAGAAUAUGUUCUUUACAAUACUGAUUAAAGUUGCUGGGUCCUUAGAGAUGUAGGACCGUGAUCUCAGAACCACACUGAGGCAAAACUCUCGAAAAACUUUGUGAGUGCAUUCCUAAUACAACUUCCUAUAAUGAUAAAGUUUCUGAGAAAAC